CAUUUAUUAUAUUAAUGAUGACAAUUGGAUUAAUAAAUGCGUUACCGAUGGUACCAGAGAUUCAUGUGGUUGCUCCAGGACCAGGUCCUUGGAUUGUUGGAAGUCAACAAACUAUUAGUUGGUGGGCAUCUGGAAUUCUUGGAAAUCCUAAUGUGAUUGCUGCGGUUUAUAAGGUUGGAAAUGAUACACCUCUGAUUGCAAAUAACAAACCUUUGAAUACCGGAACGUCCAAAUUCUCAAUAUCCGGACCCGAUUGGUCUUUAAAAUCCACUUAUUACACUAAAAUUUGUCUCAUCAGUAUUCCAUCUUCAUUUUGUACAAAUGGAACUACUUUUCGUAUAACUAAACGUCAAUAUUCAACAUUUAAGUUGAAUACUAUUAAGAAUAAGAAUGUUGAUGUUAAUUCAUAUUUAAUCGAAAGCUCCCCGUAUGCACAAGUUGCUGAAAAACGUUUCAAUCGUCGUGCUGAUCCAACCACCACUGCACCCGCUCAAGGUCCUACUCCACUUGAUGCAGGAACACCUACAUCAAAUGAUUUUCCUCCAUCAGAAACAGGUGGAUCGCGUACUUCAAAUGAAUUACCGGCAAUUCCUUCAAAUUGGAGAGGACAAAUAAGUAAUCAAGUGGAAAGUUUCUUUAAUGAUAAUGAACGGCCUCAAAAUAAUGAACGGCCUCAAAAUAAUGGAAGGCCUCAAAAUAAUGGACGGCCUCAAAAUAAUGGACGACCUGAACCUCCCCAAAGCAGUGAAUAA